AUGCCUCAAUACAAUUAUUCUACAAACCCACUGGACUCUGACAGUAUUCGUUUGCUCGCUUUAAUGCCAAGCAAAGACCAAACCGCUCGAAUACAAUGCCAACUUCAUAAUUAUUCUCUUCGAGAAUCGGAUAGAGGGAUUCAUCUUUAUGAAGCUUUAUCCUACGUCUGGGGUAGUCCGGACAAGCCUAAAGUUGUCCUUAUAAACGAGAAUUCUCUACCUGUUACAACAAAUCUUUACACAGCACUGCUACAUCUUCGAGAUCGCACCUUCGAAAGAAUUAUUUGGGUGGAUUCGAUUUGUAUCAAUCAAAAAGACGACACAGAGAAGAGUCAACAGAUUCAAUUAAUGGCGAAGAUCUUUGGUCAAGCGAAUCGCGUAAUUGUUUUUCUUGGCGAAGCAGCAGAUGAUAGCAAUCAAGCGCUCGAAUGUAUACGUUUUGCUGCAGAAGGUGAAUCCUCGAGAGAUGAAUCCCCAGAAGGUGAAUUUUCAGAUGAUGAAUUUUCAGAAGAUGAAUCUCUGGAUCAGGGAAUCAAUGAAGUGAAUCAGAGGGGAAUUUUUGAACUGCUUGAACGACCAUGGUUUCGACGGAUCUGGGUUCUUCAAGAGGUUGGCUUCGCUCAACAAAUCCUGAUAAUGUGUGGCUCUGCAACAAUAGACGGGUAUACCUUCAGCACAGGCUUCAGCCAGCUUUUUUACAACCGUCACUCAGACUUGCUAGAUCUGAUCCGUCCAGUGAUUUACCUAAUAAGAGGAGCGAUCUUCCGACCAAAAUAUGAGAUUAGGUCAUCAGGCGCACUUUCUCUGGGCUCGCUGGUGGAUAUGUACCAUACUCGUAUGGCCACUAACCGCCACGAUAAGGUAUAUGCCUUGCUUAGCAUGAGUUCUGAUAGUCCUAAUCUAGCAGGCUUGUCGCCUGACUAUAAGAUUACAUGGUCCGCACUAUUGAAGCGACUUGUUCAAUUUGUGCUCUCCAAAAAAGUAUUUGUAAAGACUUGGGAGAGCAAGGAAAUGGUACUAAUUGAGAGCAAGGGCUAUGUCCUUGGGCAUGUGAUUUCAAUAGAUGUUGAUAGUACUAGGUACGAGAGACAGUGUAUAAAUAUCAAGUUGAACAGUCAGCCAAAAUCCGUGCACUACGACAAGAAGUACAGUACUCGUUGGUUUCUCCAGGCUUCAGCGAAAUCUAUCCGACAAGGCGAUCUCGUUUGCCUUUUGCAAGGGGCUUUAAAGCCGUCUAUCAUUAGAGCAUACAAGGAUCAUUUUACUAUCAUUGUAAUUGCGGUCACCUUGCAAGAACACACGCGAAAAAAGAGAGGACAUGUUAAAUCUAGACAUACCUUGGCUUCGAGACAGGAAUCCCCGCGUGAUUUUCUACUCAUCUGGAACUGGGAGCAAGUUCCAGACAAUUUUCAAAGUCAAGAAGAAUACGAAGGUACAAUUGAGAGGUAUACCUCAAUACCAGAGUAUCUAAAGACAGAUACACACAGAGCACUCAAUUCAAUCAAUGUAGCAGUUGCCUUGGCAGACACAAAAAACUACGAAUACGCAAAAGAUAUACUUCAAAGACAGAUCAAGAACUACGAGGGAAAGCUUGGAAGAGAAAGUCUACAUAUAUUAGCAUUGAAAGAAAGCCUUGCAUGGAUGUAUUAUCACCAGGGUGAUGUGAUGAAAGCGGAGCCUUUCUUCAUGCAGGUAAUACAGAUAAGAAAAAGUUUACAGGGGGAAGAUCAUCGAGAUACAUUGAGAAGUAUAGCAAAGCUAGGAUUAGUCUAUAUGAAAGAACAAGGCUGGAGCAUGGAAAGGCGACAUAUGAUAACAAUAUUGAGUAAAAUCGAAAAAAAUAUUCAAAUGAGUGAGGAGGACAUGAUAGAAGUUGGAAAGUCGAGUAAUCAGAAAAUGAUGAAACUUGUAUUGGAUCAGGAAAAAAAGAAUCUUAAAAUUACGGAAGAUGUGAUGGAGGCAGUAGUGGGAAAUCAUGAUAGUGGUUAUGAGGUUAUGGAACUUCUAUUGGCUCAAGGAAAAGAAAAUGUUAAAGUUACAGAAAAUCUGGUGAAGGCUGUAGCAAAAAAUGGGCAGAAUGGCUAUGAGAUUAUGAAACUAUUGUUUGAGAAACGAGGCGAGGAGAUAACAAUCACUACACAAAUACUGAAUGAUGUGGUUGAUAACGAGGCAAAUGGGUAUCAAAUUAUGAAACUUUUAUUGGAGAAUGGAUAUAAAGAAAUAUCAAUCACUCAAGAAAUAGUCAAGAUUGCACUAGAGAAUCCAAGCUGUGGAUAUGAGAUUAUAAUGCUUUUAUUUGAGAAACGAGGCAAAGAAAUCACAAUCACUGAAGAUUUGGUGACAGCUGUAGCGGGGAGUCGGUGGAGUGGAUAUAAAAUUAUGGAGUUUUUUUUGGAGAAACGAGGCGGAGAAACAAUAAUCACUGACAAGGUGAUAAAGGCUGCAGCAGGGAAUUGGGGUCAUGGGUAUGAUGUUUGGAAGCGUUUGUGUCAAAAACGAGGCGAAGAAACAAUAAUCAUCGACGAGAUGGUGAAGACUGCAGUGGGGAAUUGGAGUGAUGGAUAUAAGAUUUUGAAGCUUUUGUUUCAGAAACGAAGCAAAGAAACAAUAAUCACUGAUGAGGUGGUGAAGAUUGCAGUAAGCAACUGGGGUAAUGGAUAUGAAAUUUUGAAGCUUUUGUUCCAGGAACGAGAGGCUGUAGCAAAAAAUGGGUUUAGCGGGCAGGAGAUUAUGAUAAUUCUACUUGAGGAACGAGGGGGAGAAGUGACAAUUCCUGAAAAGGUAGUUGUGAUAAUUGCCGGCAAAUUCGGAAAGAAAGCUGUGGAGCUUAUGCUCGAGAAACAAAGAGAAAAAGUAGUUAUUACUGAAGAGGUAAUGAAGGCUGCAGCAGGAAAUCCUCAUUAUGGGAAAGAGGUAAUAAAGUUUUUAUUGCAGAAAAGAGGGGAAGAGAUAAUAAUUACGGAACAAAUAUUAGAAGUUGCGGAAAGACGUUCUCGUUUGACAGAAGAAGUGAUGGAGUUAUUGUUGAAGCAUCAGGCAACUAAUGUCAUGAUUCCAGAGAAGACGAUCAAGGGCGCCAUUACAGAUGAGUAG